AUGAGCUCAGCCGCAGCUUCGUCGUCGCGAACGCAGGACUCGGGCCGGUCAAGCUCUACCUCAAUACAGACCAGCGAGACGGAGCCACCAGAAGCUUUGACCCCUUCGCGACCAUCUCCAUCAGCCAAUAAUUCAUCAUCCACCCCGGCAAGUUCGAGCGGUUCUCAACCACAAACUGCGGACUCGCCUUCUCGUCUCAGCUCUUCGUUCUGGUCUUCAUGGAUCUCGCCCUCCUCGUCGUCCGCUAUUGCCGCCUCUUCUGCCAUGGAGAAGCGAAAACCGCGACGUCCCUCCUUCGAGGAGUUCCGUGCCGAAGAGCCACCCCAAGCUCGUCUUAUCCGUCUUCGCGGCCUCUUCGACACGUUGCUGGAUGAAGACGACGAACAGGCUCUGGCGGGAGGAAGAGCCAGGGAAGAAUGGAUGAAGUCGGCUCGGCGUGCUCGAUACGGUGCCGGUGGAAGUCUGGCUCGUGGCAGUCUGGCACCUUCCGACAUUCGCAACUCUACCGUCGGCUUCGAAGCCUGUCCUUUCUCAAAGGAGACUUCGAGCUCGUCGUCGGCCGACAGCACACCCGAAUCAAGCUCGGCAUCCUCAUCGUCCUCACCUUCCUCCACAACGCCAACAGCAUCGUCCUCGGCAUCUUCAUCGGUCAAAGAAUCGCAACUCCCAGCACCACCACCGCCUCCACGCCAAUCCUACGCCAAUGAGCUCCUCAAUCAGUGCCGCAAAUGCCGAGAAGAAAUCGAAGCACAGCGCGCACGACUUGCUGAAGAGCACGCGAAACAUGCUGCGGAGCCUGGUGUCUCCUCCUCAUGGGGCUUGCCGUCUUGGCUCGGAGGUGAGAAGACACCCGAUACCGAGACCGACGCAGCUGAAUCUUCCAAGAGCACUCUCAAAGCGGUGACGGACAAGAUCCUGCCCAAGUCAUUAACAAAGUCUUCGGAUGACGAAGAACAGACAGCAUCGACCUCGAAUUCGUACAUCCACUCCGUCGGAUCUCUUUUCGGAUACGGCAAAUCAUCCACCGCAGAUGCCAAAGUCCUCGGCUACGGACACAACCCACCAGAUAUGGAACAUGAGGCUGGAUGGACAGGAAGCGGCGUCUGGGGUCUGUCAGCUGUCGGACACAAAAGGCGCGCCGCCGACCGCGACCGCGACGAGAAAGUUCGCAAAGGUCACAAGGUCGACGACGAUGGUGGCGCCCGCCAACGACAAAUCGAAUGGGAGGGAUUCCUUGCCUACGCCGAGAACAAGGAACGGGAACUCUACAAGAUCUUUGUAGAGAUGGACAAGAACUGCGACAUGCGGCUCGACGUACAAGAGAUCCGCACCGCGCUCGAUCGCGCCGGCCUCGACGUGCCUCAAAUUUCGCUCGACGACUUCGUUGCCAGUCUCACCAGCACGCGCAAGUCGGCCCAUGCCAGCGGCGAGAAGACGUACGUCACCUUCCCCGAGUUCCGCGACUAUCUUCUGCUGCUACCGCGCAAACCGUCGGUGCCGGAAAUCUUCCGCUUCUACCAGGUGCGUAAAGCGUUUGGACUCUUCGGCAUGGGAGGCAUCUUUGCAGAGCUGGCCGUUGGCUGGGGCAAGACGGAGCGCGGUGCUACUGCUGUCAACUUUGAUGGUGAUGUCAGUCUCGCUGGAGAGGAAAAGAAGAGGGAAUCGCCGGCGGUCAAGGAGGCGAAACGCGCAGAAAAGCUCGGGAAGCGCCAGGAAGCUGCAGCCGCCGCGGCGUCAAAGGCUGUCGAAGAUUCGACCGACUCGAAGGAAGGGUCUUCGUCCCUACUGUCACCGGGCUCGGGCGAUGUCGGCGAAGCCAAGCAAAAGGCCGCUCAGGAUGCCGCAGCUGCGGCCAAGACCCAACACGACCAAAACGUCGACGAGGAAGAAGAGGAAGAGGACAACGACAUGAUUCACGGCGCUGUCGCACUCAAGUUCCUCAUGGCCGGCGGUAUUGCUGGAGCAGUCUCGCGUACUGCCACUGCACCCUUUGACCGUCUCAAGAUCUACCUCAUCACGACGUCUCGCUCGCCGGAUGUCGCCGAUGCUGUCAAGGGUGCAGUUUCUGGCGGCAAGGGAGGGGCCAAACAAGCUGCAGCCAAGGCGGCUGGUCAAGGUCUCGGCAUCCUCCGCGAAGCGCUCACCAACCUUUAUCGCGACGGCGGCGGUCUCCGCGCCUUCUGGGUCGGCAACGGUCUCAACUGUCUCAAGAUCUUCCCUGAGUCCGCCAUCAAAUUCCUGUCCUACGAAACAUCCAAACGAGCCUUCGCAAAGUACGUCGACCACGUCUCAGAUUCACGCGACAUCUCGGGCACAUCGCGCUUCCUCUCCGGUGGUAUCGGAGGUAUCACUUCCCAACUGGCCAUCUAUCCGGUGGAGACGCUCAAGACGCGCCUCAUGUCGAGCCAGAACGCCAAGACGUCGCUGCAGGGCAACGCACUGCUCAAGAAGACGGCCCGGGACAUGUGGGCCGCCGGCGGAUUGAGGACGUACUACCGCGGUCUGACGGCUGGUUUGAUCGGCGUGUUCCCGUAUAGCGCCAUCGAUAUGAGCACGUUCGAAGGGAUCAAGCUGUUCUGGAUCAAGUACACGGGCAAGGAAGAGCCGGGUGUGUUGGCGUUGCUCUCUUUCGGCUCGGUGAGUGGCUCGGUCGGAGCAACCACCGUCUACCCGCUCAACCUGAUCAGGACCAGGUUGCAGGCUGCAGGAACACCUGCCCAUCCAACCACUUAUGAUGGAUUUUGGGACGCAGCAAGGAAGACGUACGUCAGGGAAGGCUUCGUCGGGUUCUAUAGAGGAUUGGUCCCCACGCUGGCCAAAGUCGUGCCUGCCGUUAGCAUCAGCUAUGUCGUGUACGAGCAGAGCAAGAAGCGGUUGGGAGUUCAGUAG